UGCAACCCAGGAAAGGAUUUGCAACCUUGAUUACUCUCACUAUAUACUCAAUUCUAGCAUUGUUAUCAACCCUAAUGAACUUCCAUUAAUUUGUUCUGGUUGAAUUACUUGUUUUGCAGACUGUGACGUCGUUUGAAAGAGUGUUGACUUAGACAGCAAGAAUGCUUCUAAGAAACGAUUACACCAAAGCCCUGGAGGAGAAGAAGAAGAGAAGAUAUCAUAAACAUGGGCGUUCAAGUUCAUAUUCCGCCAUUAAUAAUUUGGCAUCGAAAAUCGGUUCGUUACUCAAGAAGACAUGCCGGAGCAGUAAGCUUGAGUACCACGAUUAUCAGCGGCUUGUGGAGUCUCGUCAUGAUCAGGCGGACGAUGCCAGAACCAUUGAUAAAUCCCCAGGAAUGUACGUGCCCGUUUACGUCGACAAAGAGGCUAAGAGCAUCCAGGCCAUGGAUAUAUUGUUGGAGCUUUGGAGCUUUGAACGGGAUUGACCAACCAAACUGUUUUAUUGAAGUCGGUUGAGACAGGAAUAUUGAUCCGAUCAUGCAACCACAAGAUCAUGAAGAGGCGAAAGAAUCUGGUCUGUGUUUUAAUUAGAGUUAAAAGUGUCAUUUAUUUAAUUUCCUUUUGGUUUACUAGAGUCAACUGUCAA